AUGGCUACCUCAGUCCAAUCAUCAGCAGAGCUAUCCCAACUGCUAAAUCCUGGCAUGCUUGCCAAUGUGCGAGAGUUCUGGUUCCGGCACUUAGCCGAUAGCGACCACUUUGUUGUUCCUGACAAAGAAGAAGCCUAUGUCUGGUUCUCACAGAACGAUGACUUUGAUCAAGAAUGCAUUUCAAAAUUUGGGCCUGUGCUUGAGUUUUUGAGCUUAAACGUUAAAGCGACAGAUAUUGAUGAUCUCCUGCGCGCUGCUAACCCUACGUCAGCCCUGGAUUGGAUGAGCUUGAUCAUACUUCUGGAUCAACUUCCUCGCAACUGCUACCGCGGCGAUAUGGCCGGUAUUGCAUACCGCUUCUUUGAUGUUCUAGCCUUAAACGUAGCCUUUCGUGCUAUUGAGGCAGGUAUUCCAGAACGACCCGAGAUACGAUACCGACAUGCCUAUCGUUUCUGGUUUUAUAUGCCGCUUGAGCAUUUCGAAACUUUGAAAGUGGUCGAGAUAGUCGUUAGGGAGCAUGAUAUCAUGUUUGGCGAUAGUCAUGAACUAUUAAGCAAGGAUAUUUCAGAUGUGGCGCGGGACGCUGACACUUUGUACUGUCGAGAGGUAUUGAUCAAGAGGCGUGGCGCAUUUGAUGUAUGGCAAGCUCAGCUACGUCAGGUCGUGAGUGACCACAUUGCUACUAUUAGGAAGCAUCAUCGAUACCCGCAUCGCGAUCUUGCACUGGGACGGACGAAAGCCGAGACUACAAUUUAA